GCGGUCUCAGCAACUAUCAGUUUGGAUCGCAAUGGUGCUUUUCUUCACAUCCGCAGCUAUCGUUGACAAACCACCGGUGACAAUUUACAUGGGGAAGGACAAGGUUGAGAACGAAGACCUCAUCAAAUAUGCAUGGCCACAAGAUAUAUGGUUCCACGUCGACAAGCUGUCUUCUGCCCAUGUUUACUUGCGUAUGCCCGUCGAUAUGGAAUUUGAGAAGAUCCCAGAAGCUAUACUCAUAGACUGUGCCCAACUGGUCAAGGCCAAUUCUAUCGAGGGUAACAAAAAGGACAACCUUACGAUUAUCUAUACUCCAGGCGGUAACCUCAAGAAAACGGGAGACAUGGCCGUCGGCCAAGUUGCCUUUCACAGUGAUAAACGCGUCAAGAGAGUUCACGUAGCUAAACGAGAAAACGCUAUAGUCAACCGGCUGAACAAGACAAAGGUCGAGAAGGAAGUAGACCACGAGCAAGAACGGGUAGAGCGUAUCAAAAAGGAGAACGCAGAAAAAAGGAUAAUAGCUGCUCAAAAGAAAAAGCAGAUGCGGAAUUGGCCCAGGCCAGAGCGGCUGAAAAAGAAGCGCGGUCGUAUGAUUCCUUGUUCAACGUCGAGGUGGAGCCUGAGGAGGGUGAAAGAAAGACAGGCAAGGAUUUGGAAGAAGAUUUCAUGUAAUUGUGGUCAUAUCUGGGUGUUGCUAGACAAGUGCUCAGUUGCUCGAUUUUCGGAUUAUUGGAUCGGAAUAAUUGUUUCUACAGGUGUAAUGUCUCUGUUCUUUCCAGUUUUCAAUCAUACCACUAAUGGUCUGACCU